AUGUCCCAGUGUGUGGUGGACUACGCCCACGAGACCCAGGAGUACCCCGGCAAGGCCAACUUCCUCCUGGGCGCCCAGCUGUACCCGUCUGGCAACUGCCCGCGCGGCUUCCUGCGCUCCAUGAUCAACCCCUCUGCCGACAACAACCGCUCGUCGAGCUGCUGGCACCCCAAGUUUGACCGGAUGUUCAACGAGACCCACGGCGGCAACGACAUGUGGUGCUACGUGGACGUCCACUGGAGCAGCGGCGUUGCCAACCGCGCGUUCUACCUGGCCGCCAAGGGCCUCAACCAGACCUGCGACCAGGCCGUCAAGCCUGCCGCCAUCGGCCUGACCAGCGCCUGCAACAUCUUCUACCGCGCCCUCACCAGCUACCUGUCCAAGGUGGCGGACUACCACGAGCUGCGGACUGCGACAGUCCAGGCUGCGAAGGACCUGUUCGGCGCCAGCUCCCCCGAGGCAUCCUCGCUGGCGCAGGCCUGGGACAUCGUGGGCGCCCCCCGCGCCCCCUACCCCAACACGAACGCCCCCAAGUGCCAGCCCGGCUUUGCCACGGCCGCGAGCUGCAUUAGGGGCCUCGUGUAG